AUGGACUUUCUGACACUCUUCUUGAUUUACUUGGGGUUUGUUCUCAUCACUGUUGCUCUACUUUGCAUCUGCUCGGGAAGGAAGGAGAGUUUCUUCACGAGAGGUGUCAAUGGUGCGAGCCAGAUAUUGUCACUCAUAAUCCCCACACAGCUCCAGAGAGUGACACAGAGAAUAUGUCACAGGCUCUUCCACACAAGAAGCUGCCUCUUUGUGGCCCUGCACCUAGCCCUGCAAGCUGCUGUGUAUGGGGAGUACACCUGGGAAGUGGCUGUUUACUGUUGGGAACUGCAGUUCCCUCUCCUCAUUCUGCUGCUGCCCUACCUACUGCUUGUGGGCAACAUGGGCUGCUUCAUCCUGUGCUCCUGGGCUGAUCCUGGUAUAGUAACAACAUCAAAUCACUCCUCACUGCUUAAGAUCUAUGCCUGUGAUGGGGUGUUGUUUCAGAAAGGCAUAGUGUGUCCCACCUGCCACAUGGAGAAGCCAGCCAGAUCAAAACAUUGCAGUGUCUGCAAUGUCUGUGUGCAUCGAUUUGAUCACCACUGUGUGUGGGUCAACAACUGCAUUGGUGCCUCCAAUGCCAAGUAUUUCUUCUUCUACCUCCUUACACUCACUGCCAUGGCUGCAGCCAUCACCACCAUCUCUACAGCAUUGCUCAUCCAAGUGGUGCUGCUCUCAAACAUGCUGCAUGGGAGAUACAUUGAUGAACAAGGGCAAGAGCGUGCUGUGGGGCUCCUCUUCCUCAUUCAGCACCUUUUCCUGACUUUUCCUCGGAUUGUCUUCAUGCUGGGAUUUGUUCUUCUCCUCACACUCGUGCUGGGAGCUUACUGCUGCUUCAACCUCUACUUGACCUUAACCAACCAAACAUCCAAUGAAUGGAAUAAAUCCAGAAGAUAUCGGGGUUGCUCCCACCACCAAACCUUCCAGCCUCUGCUGAGACAAACUGUUUACAAAAACAUUUAUUCUAAAGGAGCCUGGAUGAAUUUAAAGGAAAUCUUUAAGCCUUCUCCAGUGCUGGAAGGAAAGAAGAAAAUGUGA